CUGAGCUCACGCGAGAACUUCGGUUUCAUUGCCAGCGGUGUGCGACAGAGACAGCGAAGAUGGCGUCGCAGGAGACCGAAGCUUCUCCGCAAGCCAACGGCGAGGUGAGCAGCAAUGGAGCUGCUGCAGCCGUGGAUGGCCAGGCCAUACAGACUGCUGUUGGGGACCCUGCACAGCCCCCGCCGGCUCCACCACCCAACGCAUGGUCGGUCAUAAAGGGAGUCCUCUUCAGGAUCUUUGUCAUCUGGGCCAUCAGUAGCUGGUUCCGCAGAGGGUCCUCUACACCAGACCCCAGUACCCCAGCUGGGGCACCGCAUUUACCCAGCCGAAACCUUUUCCCCAAGGAAAGCCUCAUGGACCUGUAUGUGUACAUCUCCCAGGACGAGGUGUUCUCUGACUUCAACGACACACAGUCCCUGUUCUGGUUCCAUAGAGACCUGGUCUACGGAGACUGGAACACUGGAGAAGAUGGGGACGGCUGCUAUGAGCACUCAAUAGAUCUGAACAUCCCAGAGAAGGUGCAAAUGAAUGGUUCCCUCUACAUCCACGUGUAUUUCACAAAGACUGGAUUCCACCCAGACCCCAAACGCAAGGACCAGUAUCGUCGGCUAGCGACAGUCCAUGCCACGCGGAUGUUGAACAAGUUCAAACGCAGGAAGUUCGUGAAGACUAAGAACCUGCUGACGGGGGAGACCGAGACCGACCCGGAGAUGAUCAAGCGAGCGGAGAGCCACGGCCCAGUGGAGAUCAUCUCCCACUGGCACCCUAACCUCACCAUCAACAUGGUGGACGACCAUACAGCCUGGGUCAAGGGCUCGGUCCCACCUCCACUGGACCAACAUGUGAAGUUUGACGCGGUGAGCGGCGACUACUAUCCUAUCGUCUACUUCAACGACUACUGGAACCUGCAGAAAGACUACUACCCCAUCAAUGAGAGCCUGCAGUCGCUGCCUCUGCGCCUGUCCUACUGCCCGCUGUCCCUGUGGCGCUGGCAGCUCUACGCUGCCCAGAACGCCCGCUCACCGUGGAACUUCCUGCCAGAGGACACCUAUGAGCAGUCUGACGAGGACCAGGACUCUGUCAAGGUGGCCUUGCUGGAAACCAACCCCUACCUCCUGGGCGUGACCAUUGUGGUCUCAAUCGUUCACAGCGUCUUCGAGUUCCUGGCAUUCAAGAAUGACAUCCAGUUCUGGAACAGCAGGCAGUCCAUGGAGGGUCUCUCUGUGCGCUCCAUCAUCUUCGGGGUGUUCCAGUCCCUGGUGGUGCUGCUCUACAUCCUGGACAAUGAGACCAACUUCGUGGUGCAGGUCAGCGUGUUCAUCGGCCUGCUCAUCGACUUCUGGAAGAUCACCAAGGUCAUGGACGUCAAGUUGGACAGAGAGAACAAGUUGUUCGGGAUCCUCCCACGCUUAUCAAUAAAAGACAAGUCCACGUACGUGCAGUCCUCCACCAAAGUCUUCGACGACAUGGCGUUCAAGUACCUGUCAUGGCUGCUCUACCCUCUGUUCGGGUGCUAUGCCGUCUACAGUGUGCUGUACCAAGAGCACAAAGGCUGGUACUCAUUCGUACUGGGCAUGCUCUAUGGCUUCUUGUUAACCUUUGGUUUCAUCACGAUGACGCCACAGCUGUUCAUCAACUAUAAGAUGAAGUCCGUGGCCCACCUCCCAUGGAGGAUGCUCACCUACAAGGCACUGAACACCUUCAUCGACGACCUGUUCGCCUUUGUCAUCAAGAUGCCCAUGAUGUACAGGAUAGGAUGUCUCAGAGACGACGUAGUAUUCUUUGUCUACCUGUACCAGCGCUGGAUCUACAGGGUGGAUCCCAACCGGAUGAAUGAAUUUGGCACCAGCGGAGCGGAACCCACUGGAGUGGACCCUAACAAGGACAGCACAGCACAGGGGGAGGUCACAGCCACAGGGGAGGUCGCCGCCAUAACAGAAAAAGCAGAGGAGGAGAAGAAGAACGAUUAACAUGACCAACCUAUCCGCCUUUCUCUCCCUCGCUCCUGGGGCGAAGCGGACCUGUGGAAACCAGGCAGAGUGAAAUGUCACUUGCCAGGGAAAAGGAGUCAUUGUAUUCUGUCAUGGACACCGCUACAUAUUUCUGUUUAACUCUUUGUGUGGGGGAUCUGCAGCAAAUCGUAAUUAAUGUAGACUCACUUUUUUUUCUUUUUUUUUUCUGCAGUUCAAGUGAAACGUGAUGUACUGUAAUCGUUAUCUUUUUCUAUGGGUAACAGUAAUGUUUUGGAAGCAAGGUUGUGAAUGUGGGAGAUCCAGUUGAGGGUGGAAGGUCGCAGUACAUAUCUCCGUAUUUUCAGAUCUUUGCACCAUUUAUGGAUUUCUUGUGAUUUUUUUUAUUUUUAUUUUUCAUUCCGUGUGUGAACGCAGUGUGUCAUGGUGGGGUAACUGGAAAUUGGUGAGUAGUGCUGGAGGAAACUGGAAGGGUCCAGAGCCAAGGGCGACGUGAAGGGAACCAAGAUGGACGACCUGUCCAACACUACCCACGAAAGACAGACUACCCUCCAUUUUUAAACAAAUGGUCGAUGUUCCCAACUUGAACAAAAAAACAGCCUUGUAGGUAUUAAUAUAAAUACAUUAAUAUUAUUGACUUGAUUUCUGUUUUCAGUCAUUUGAAUUUAUUUAGUAUGUUCUGAAACUACAGAAUCUCAGCUUGUAAUGUUAAUACUGAUGUCAAAAUGUCUAGCAAUAGCUGAUUUACAAGUC